CGCGGGAUCGCGCGGGGGGCGCGGGCUGAGCCUUAUCCGGGGUGUGAGGCGGUCGGAGCGGCCGCGGGGAGGAGCGUGGGCUCCGGAGAUUUCCCAAUGAGUGGACCAUGCCGAAUUCAAGUUUGGGUUGAUCCAUAGCAUGGCUGCUUCUCGAUCAACUCGUGUUACAAGAUCUACAGUGGGGUUAAACAGCUUGGAUGAAAACUUCUGUGGGAGAACCUUAAGAAAUCGCAGUAUUGCUCAUCCGGAUGAUGUUAUUCCCCAGUCACUACUAAGAUCAAGGUCACCCAAAAAAAAAAACGAACCAGGCCCAGUUCAAAAAGGAAGUGGUACAAAGAACAUUGAGGUAAAACAGCCAGCACCUCGGGAGUCUUGGGUGAGCCCAAGAAAGCGAGGGCUUUCUCUUUCUGAAAAGGAUAGUAUUGAAAAAGACAGUGUGGACAACAGUGAAAGAAAGUCGACAGGACCAUUGUCGCCAGUUCUUAAGAAAAUUAAGUGCUACUUGCGUUCUGAUGAGCCAAACAGCCCAGGGGACGAACCACCCACUGCACUUCUCAAAGAAGAGUCGGAACGAAGAAACUCUGCCUCUGACAAUGAAAUCGACACUUCCCGACCUAAACAAGCUCAUCGAUGCCUUUUACUGGAUGAUAGUAACAAAAGGGAAGUCAAAAAUGAUUUUGUAUUGGAUGAACAGUUCGAAAAAUCAAUUGACGAAGAGGUCUUUAAUCAUGAAACUGUUAAUGGCAUUGAUGAUGGAGACACAGCUGCUUCAAACUGUAAUGACUGUCAAUCAGAUGGGGCUAUUAAGCUAAAGGAUACUAUUCCACCAGGCCCAUCGAAGGAUCUAAUUGUAUCUGAAAAUGGAAGUGUAAGUUCAGUGCUGACGAACAACAUAGAGGACACACUUUUAGACCACCAUGUGCCUUGCUCAGAGGAGAGUGAAAUACAAGACCACAAACCAGUUAGAAAUUGCCUGUCUGAUGACCCUGUUACCCAGACCAAUGAUUCAACCGAUCUGCUCUCGACCGUGAGAGAUUCUGAGGAGGAGGUUGAUGUGGUGGGUGACAGUGGCUGUAAGGAACAUGCUGCUGGAGUUUCAGGUGGCAUCCUAAAUCCUGAUCAGGAACACUCUAUCUCUGCAGGACCUGACUCAGAACUGUCCUUGUCUGAGAUCGACUCGGUUGCCUCUCAUGGGGCAUGCUUGUCAGAUACUCAAGAACACAAAUUUACUUUAAGAACUUCUCCAAGGAGGCAUGUGUCUGCAAAAGACAGCCCAUCCAUAUGUGACUCACCGUGGGGGGAAAAUGGGCAUGUGGAAGAGAGUAAAAUCUCUUCAAAUGUAAACAGUGGAGUUGCCGGUACUGUUAAUGGCUCCUUAAUAAAUAGCGAGGCCAUUGUGCAUGGCGACAAAACACAGGUUUUAAAUUCUGUGAAAUGUUCUCCAGAUGAGCAGACCAGACCUUCUGCCCAGACAGAGCACCCUCCAGAGGUCAUGCCAUCUACCAAGGAGAGUGGCAGUCUGCACACUGCAGAGGAAGAAGAUGACGAUCCUGACGUGUACUACUUCGAAUCUGAUCACGUGGCUUUGAAACACAACAAAGAUUAUCAGAGAUUAUUACAGACGAUCUCCGUGCUGGAGGCACAGCGUAAUCAAGCUGUACAGGACCUGGAGAGGUUAGGCCAACACCAGCAGGAAGCACUGGCUGAUCCGAUUGGGUUUGUGGAGGCACUUCAGAAAAAGAUGAAUAUCGGAAUUCCUCUCCCCCAGAGGAUUGUGCAGUUGCCAGAGAUUGCUUGGGACCAAUAUACUACAACUCUAGGAAACUUUGAAAGAGAAUUGAGAAACCGGAAGCGUCUUUCACGAAGAAUAAAGUUAAUUUAUGAUAAAGUGGGCAUUCCUUCCAGUCCCCAAAGGACUUCAGAGAACAAAGACGGAGAGUCUGCUUCUUAUUCGACACUGCCCCAGAGUGACAGACAGGAAUGCUCGACCAGUCACCACUCGCAGAUAAGAGGCAGACUGUGUGCAGAGUCCAAACUGGGAACCUUUAAUCAGCUAUGGACCAUCGAAGAGCAGAAAAAACUGGAACAGCUUCUCUUGAAGUUUCCGCCAGAAGAGGUUGAAUCUAAACGAUGGCAAAAGAUUGCGGAUGAAUUGGGAAACAGAUCAGCCAAACAGGUUGCAAGUCGAGUGCAGAAAUAUUUCAUUAAACUGACUAAAGCUGGUAUCCCGGUACCCGGACGAACACCAAAUCUGUAUAUGUACUCCAAAAAGUCGGCCAACAAACGUCAGCAUUCACUAAACAAACACCUCUUCAGACCCUCUACCUUCAUGACGUCCCAUGAACCUCCUGUCUACAUGGAUGAAGAUGAGGACCCCAAUAGUUUCCAUAACAGAGGCCUUGAUGGAGCAGGAGAGGACGAAAUAUCGGAUGAAGAAGAUAUCGCUGAUGAGUGUCGAGAGUUUGACGAAUAUAAACAACUGCUUGAACUGAAGAAGCUGAAGAAACAAAAACUCCAUGAGAUUCAGGCGGAAAGUGGAUUCAUCCAACAUAUGGGGUUCAAAUGUGAUAAUUGUGAGACAGAACCCAUCCAAGGUAUCCGAUGGCAUUGCCAGGACUGCCCGCCGAAUAUGGCUGUGGAUUUCUGUGAUUCCUGUUCAGAUUGUUUAUUCGAAACAGAAUUGCACAAAGAGGACCAUGAGCUGCAACCCAUCUACAAGGCAGAGACAUUUCUAGACAGAGACUAUUGCAUGCCCCACGGCACCAGCUAUAACUACCUGGAUCCAAACUACUUUCCAGCAAACAGAUGACGUGACCAGGGAUAACGAACCAGAAUGGUAUUCACUCCAGAUACAUUGCGGCGGUGGCAGAGGUGUCCGUUCAGUUUCCAGUGCCAGACGCUACUGGAUUUUCUUUUUUUUGAAACACAGCUCACACCUUGAUACCUUCCUGGAAAGAACCAUCACAGUCCGGAUCACUGCGCAACAGCAGGGAACAUUCCACGUGUGGGAGAAAGUGAUCGCACUCACCAUUUCUCCUUUCACUGUGCAAUUCCAGACGGUCAGAAUAACGGCAUGACACCAGAGAGAUGUUACAGUAACUCUCUGUUCCAAAGACUUCUGAAAUGAGAUUGGUCAAAAUGUGAACUAUUUAUAGGUAAAACCCAUUUACUAGCUUGCGGUUUUGUUGUGGAAUAUUAACUUUUUUUUUUUGCACAGACAUUUUGAGAAGGUUUUAACCAAUCACAGUGUUGCAUAGAAAAACUACUGUUUAAGAAGAAGAAGAAGAAGAAAAAAAAAAGUUUCCCUACUCCCACGGGCCAUGACAAAUCUGCAUCAAUAUGAGCUGCUUUUAAUCACAUUUGAUGAAAAAAAAAUAUUUACUUACAAUGAAGCACUACAGUGGGGGCCUGUCGCUGCUUCUGUAACCAGCUCAUACUGUACGAAUGUUGAGAUUUUCACUCAGAUAUAUUUUUUAAAUGUAAUGAUCAUGUGAUGUGUACAGAAUAUGGUGAAAAAAGUGCCAGUUGUAGUUAACAGUGUAAAGUCUAAACACUCACCUUCCCUCACCCCCCCCCCUAAAACGCCCUUUUCUCUAAUCAAACAUACCUUCUGCCUCUGCAUUUUCCAGAUUCUCACAGCCGCUCAUCUAAGAGAAGCUAAACUGCCUAAUGUAGAUCAAUCCAUGGAUCUUACUGUUUGUCUUUUUGUAGUCUGCACAAAACCCAUAAAAAAAAAAGAGAUUGUAUUUUUAUUAAUAUUUAAGCAAGUGACACAGACUCUAAGCCGUGGGAGUCUUUUAUGCGGCUGGGUUUUGUUAACUCUUUGAGUGCUGGUGGACUGUGCAAUGCGUUGCACAAACAUUUGCACCCAAAACAUUAAAACUUUCUUUGCCAGAGGUACCUGAAACGUUAGACAUUUUGUAUGUUCCUAUACACCCCUCUCUGUGUAUACAAUAUGUUCUAAAAUACUGAUUUGUCAGGAGGAAAAACAUGAGAAUAAAAUUGAAUAGAUUACAACUGUUUGUACAUCAAAGCUCCGUAGUCAUUCUUUGGGGUAUCUCGGAAGCUUUGACCACUGACUCACUAAACAUUUCAGAGGUUUUCAAAUAUUUUUGUUAUGGUUGAACUAAAAAAAGAAAAGGAAAAAAAAAAUACUAAAUCCAAAAUUGACCACCAACAGACUUCUCAUCUGUACGCAAUAAAGAUUAAUUCAUACCAAA